AUGACUGUGGGUCAGUGUGGGAACUACUGCACCGAUCUGCUGAGGCGGAUUACUCUUAUGGCCGGUGGCCUCCUGACGUUGGCCGAUGCUGCUGGAUCACAAUGUGUCAUGAGGGGUGCCUGCGGAACAGACCCAUUGACAGAAAAGCCCAUGCCUUGUGUCGACAAUGGUCCUCCCAAAGCUGUCAGUGACAAGUCCAUGGAAGUUCUCAAGGGAAUUUGUCCAGAUUUGGUAUCAGGUCAGGGGAAAGAAUUUUGUUGCGACAAUGAUCAGGUUACUGCCCUUGGUACAAAUCUUGAAGUUACGCAAUCGAACAAGACUACCCGGGCAGUGUUAGAGGUCAACUAUUACAUGACACGUCGCUAUGCUUUGGGCGCCUUUUCGUCGUGUUCGGGGCUCGAUUCUGGAACUCUGGGUGCCCUCUGUGGCAGCUAUAGUGACGACUGUGGUCCCGAGACUCUCUUCAUGGGUCUGGGAAUGCACGACGGGCUCCAUUCACCCUUCCAGAUGGAUUUUGUGUUCAGUGACUCUCCCGUUCCCUCGCACAACCACACUUACAAGCCCCUGAAUGCCACCUACAAGAAAUGCUCCGAGCCCGGUGCCCCCGGCGCGGCACCGUGCAGCUGCUCCACGUGCAAGGAGUCCUGCGUCCCAUCGGACUACCCGGAAACGCACAGGUCUUGGAAGAUACUCGGAAUCAGUGGCUUCACCUUGCUGGCAGGCACCGUCUAUGCAAUCUUCUUUGUGGUCGUCGUGACGCUCUAUCUCAUUGCACGUCUCAAGAAUUCCCACACUCCUGGUGGUAGUGUCAACGCAUCUACAACAAAGGCUUACUCAUGA